AGCCAUAAUUUCUUUCCUUUCCCACAAAACCCUAUAAUUUGUUACCAUCUCUCUCCUCUAUUUCCCUUCAAAUCUUCGACCCUUGUCUUCCCACUUUCUUAGAUCGUUGAAAUCGAAGAGAAAACAGAGGACACAAAUGCUAUAAGCAGUUCAGUUCUGGUGAUUCUCUAUUGCUAAGAAGCAAUAAAGUAAAGAUGGUGAAGAUGACAAUGCUUGCCCGUGUUACUGAUGGUCUUCCUCUAGCAGAGGGACUGGAUGAUGCUCGUGAUCUGAAGGAUGCUGAAAUGUAUAAACAACAAGUGAAGGCUUUGUUUAAGAAUCUGUCAAGGGGACAGAAUGAGGCUUCCAGGAUGUCGAUUGAAACUGGCCCUUACGUGUUCCAUUAUAUCAUUGAAGGACGUGUUUGUUAUUUGACAAUGUGUGACCGUUCUUAUCCUAAAAAACUUGCCUUUCAAUAUCUUGAAGACCUCCGAAAUGAAUUUGAGCGUGUUAAUGGGGCACAGAUAGAAACAGCAGCCAGACCUUAUGCCUUCAUUAAAUUUGAUACCUUCAUACAGAAAACCAAGAAAUUGUACCAGGACACUCAUACUCAACGGAAUAUAGCAAAGUUGAAUGAUGAACUCUAUGAAGUCCACCAAAUAAUGACUCGCAAUGUACAAGAUGUUCUUGGUGUUGGUGAAAAAUUGGAUCAGGUCAGUCAAAUGUCCAGUCGGUUAACAUCAGAAUCUCGCAUAUAUGCUGACAAAGCAAGGGAUCUAAAUCGGCAGGCUUUAAUACGGAAGUGGGCCCCUGUGGCUAUUGUGUUAGGAGUUGUCUUCCUCCUCUUCUGGGUCAAAACAAAACUCUGGUGAUUAUUCAAUUGUCUUCUGUGCUUCCCAGAACUGAGCUGCAUGAUUUUCAGGGGUUUCUCUGCACUGUUGUUUCUGCCCUGUAUUUGUGCCUGGUUGCCUGGAUUUGGAGAUUUCAUGUCAAAGUGAAUGCUGCCUUUUGCCAAUCACACAUUCGUGUUACUCAUAGACAUAAGUUUUACUGUCUGCAAUCAUGGAAGGGAGACCCCCCUAUCCGGACUAUGGUUUCUACAUGUAAAACUAGAAACACCAGGGCUAAUAGCAUAUCAAUUGACAGCCUCUCAUGAUGUUUGUUGAUCUAAAAGCACUUGCGUGUUAUUACUCCAUUCGUGUUUUGAUCAAUUUAUUAUCGCUUCUUAGUUGUCU